UUUAUUUAGAUACAAUAUUUUUACGAUAACCGUCAAGUAGUGCUCGUAAUUUUCCUAACGAUCAAUAUUAUUAAUAAUAUUAACUUUCAAAUUAAACAAAUUUUAUUUUAUGCCGCGUUCUUAUCAAGAAAUCUUUUUCGAUUAUUAAUGUCUAUAUAUUCAUAGUUCGAUAACCCAAAUAAAAAAGUACUUUGUCUUCGUUGUACUAUCUUAAAUGUGUCGACAAAAAGAAAGCUAUUCGACACACUAAUCCACUUAUGAAACAACUACAAUAAUAAUUCACUCUCGCCAUAACGUUAUUCUCUAUUAAUCCGAGUUUAUGCACAAUGAAAAUCGGGAUUUGUUUACUUUUCUCUAUUCUGUGUAUACAUGGAGAGGAUGUUGUUAGAUUUUCGUCUAACAACCAAAUAAAAAUGUUUUCGGCCCCGUUGGCGAAGGAAUUGAUUCAUAGUUGGAUUGAUGUACAAAAAGGUGUUUAUCCUUAUGUGAAACCAAUAACAGAUGUAGUACCUUUAGGGGAAGAUAUCACCCUUUUUAUUUAUUUUAAAGAACCAAAUAAUAUUUAUGAUGUAAAAAUAGCUGAAUGUUGGGCGUACGAUAAUGAAAUAUCGAGAAAAGAUGGAAACUCAAUAAAUAUUUAUAAUCACAAAAAUGCCACAAAUCCCCAUUAUUGGAAAAAAGUUAAAUACUACGAAAACAACACACCAAUAAUCAUAUUAUUUACUGGUUUAAAAACUUUUAAAUUUCCCGAUGGUGAUAAAGUUUUCUUAUCGUGUGAUAUUAUUUUGUGUUACAAAAAGUGCUUGGAAGGUAAUCACUUGGUAAAUUAAAUAAUUGAAUUAUAACUAAAGUGAUUACAUUAUAGAUAGUUUUAUAAAUACUUCUCACGUGGAACAAAAUAAAUAAUGCACUUGUGCAUUUUCCUACACGUGUGAAAGAAACCUUUUAUGUAAUCUGCUUAAUAAACGUAAUGCCAUAAAUUU